CUUCGGAGCGAUAAGUUGAAAACCUUCAGGAGAGAAGAACACAGCAGGGCUGCGCGGGAAUCGAACACGCGCACUAAACGCCACAGCGACACACGCCUCGCACGUCCGGACCGCAGCGGAAACCUUCACUCCAAACAUGAAGUCUCCUAAACUGGCGCGCCAAGCCAAGCUAAUGGACGUGGGCGACCUGGACGACGUGCUGUGGGAGUUCGAUGCCGUGAUCGAGGACUUCACGUCUCCGCUGGAGAAGUGUCACUUUCGCUAUGACGAGCACCUGAGGACGGUGAAAAGGCGGAGCAGCGCCAGCGUCAGCGACAGCGGCAUCAGCGACACUGACAGCGCAGACUCGCUAAACCGAAACAGCUUCAGUCUGAGCGACGAGAGGCUCCACUCGCCCACCGGGCCGUCCCCGAUGCCCACCUCGCCCACGCUGAUGUCACCGAAACCCAAACUGGGUGACACCAAAGACCUGGAGGACUUCAUCGCAGACUUGGACAAGACUUUAGAGAGCAUGUGACAUGGGGACUGGCAGCAGUCUUGGAGCCCCCCGCCCCCCACAUACCUGCCCCCCACAUACCUGCCCCCUGACUGAACCACGCCCACCUGCUAAGCGGCCAACAGGAAGCAGCUGCUUGUUGGCUCCACGUUGUCCUGGAGUCUAGUCCACGCUCUAGUCUACUGGCUCCACGCCACCUGCCGCAGCGACUGGACUGUCUGCCACACUGGAAUAUUAUAAUUAUUAUACUAUUAUUAUUAUUAUUAUUAUGAUGAUGAUACUGUAUUUGUUAUUAUGGCCACAAAUAAGAUCAGCUUAGAAUCCCUCACGAAAAAAGUUGUUGUUUUUGUAAAAGGAAUAUAUUUGUAAUUUUAUAGAGCUUGAUAUUGUAAAUGCAUUGGUCUUUUUUCUGAUAUAUAUAUUUUUGUACCAGAUGUAAAUACUAAUUAUUGAAAUGGUCACAAAAUGUUGGUGAAAAAUACGAAGAAAUGUAUGGAAAGCAAUAUUAUGACAGCUAACAUCUGCCUGACAUCACAUUAAAAAUGAGGUUGUUCAUAAAAUA